AUGAAUCUUGAAUCAUUAGCCAAUGAAUUACUCAUUGAUAUAUUCGAAUUUCUGUCUUGUGCUCAUCUUCUUCAUGCAUUUCAUGGUCUCAAUGCUCGCUUCGAUUCUCUUCUUCUUGAUCAUUUUCGUACUCAUGGUCUUGAUUUUCGAUCAAUAUUAAAACAUGAUUUUAAUGUAAUAUGUCGACAUCUUUAUGUAAUUGCUAAUCAAAUAACUUCACUUUAUCUCUCCGAAAAAGAUGAUACUCCUGGACAAAUUGAUCAAUUUUAUUCUCGUGGUUUAACUUUGCGUCAAUUCACUCGUUUGCAAUCAUUAUCAUUGUAUCAUCUUCAUUCUCAAGAUACAAUGAACAAAAUACUAUUAGAUUUACCUUAUUUAUCUAAUAUUACACAUUUGACUUUUGAAGAAUGUUGUUUUGCAUAUGAUGACAUGAAUGCUCUCACUUUUAUCACUAUCAUAUGGAGUUUACCGAAACUUACACAUUGUUAUAUGAAAAUACAAUUUAAACCCCAAAUUUAUUUUCCUAUACCAACAGUAAUUUCAUCAACUAUUGAACAUCUAUCUAUUAGGGAUAUCGAACCGAAAUUUAAUGAAAUGUCUCGUUUAUUAGAAAAAAUACCAAAUCUUCGACAUAUUUCUAUAGAUUUUCAUUUCAAUUUUUCCGCUGGAUGCCAAUCAUCAAUUAUGACAUCUAUAAUCACCUUGAAUGUAUCGUUUUUCUCGAUAGAAUAUCAUAUUUUAGUGAAGUUUUUCAAAAUCCUGCCCAGCUUACGUCAAUUAAAAGUCGAUCUACCUAACAUGUAUAUAGAUGGAAAAACAUGGGAACAAAUUAUUGGAACAUAUUUACCUAAACUUAGACGUUUUCAAUUUCGAAUGAAUGAUGAAAUUGAUAACGAUAGUGAUCUAGAACAGCAAAUCGAUGAAAUAUUGAACUCAUUUCGAAGUCAAUUCUGGCUUGACAAGUAUCAAUUAUGUGUUCGAUGUGAUUGGAAUCCACAUAGUAACAAUAUUUUCCUCUAUAGUUUACCAUAUGCAUUUGAUAAUUUUUAUUUUCAAUCUCCUAUUGUAUCAAAAUCAAGUUGUCAUGAUGAUAAUCAACAGUGGUCAUAUAAUUAUGUGCGUAGACUUACUUGCAAGGCUAAUUUAUCCGAAUGGUUGACUCUAUCUCAUAUACAAUUCAAUAAAAUACGCGAACUUUGUGUCUAUCUUCCUAUUAACGAAUAUUUCUGGUCAAUCAUUCCAAGACUUGAACGAUUGACAUUACUCGAUGUCUUAUCAAAUGAUGAUAAUGAAAAUUGUGAUAUUCAAUUACAGACUUUACUUGAUAGAGUACCUCAUUUAUUUUUAUUACGUCUUCGUAAUUGGUCAUCCAUGAUUACACAAAUAUUACCAGUUCGAAAAAACACUCUUUCAAUCUCUCAAUUAGAUUUAAUGUGGUAUAAAUCGUAUAAUUAUGACGAAUGUUUUAUACUGGGUCGUUUAUUGUUAGAUAUCCAAUGUAAGAUGCUAUCAAUUUAUGUCACAGACCGAACAUGUAUACUUGAACUUGUUAAUACAAUGACUAAUCUUCAAGCGCUCAAUAUUCGAUGUCAAGAGGAUCAAUCGAAAAAUAGUUUAAUAUCGAUGGAAGAUGAACUUAUCAAAUGGUUGGAACAAUAUUUACCAUCUUCAUUGAAGAUAACUAGAGACUAUUAUCCAGUGUGUUGUAUUCGAUUAUGGAUUCGUUAA